GGCAAUAGUGGGCUUUGGAUGCAAACAUCACGGCUUUGUAACUAGUUGCUGGAGUUGGAUGCAGUUCGAGCACCAAAGUGGAUAUAAAAAGCGCACCGCGCAGCAGACUGCGCGCAAACUCCUCGACUCAUGCAGGACUAGAAGAAGUUAGAGUGACCUAUCUCAACGGGAAAUACAAUGAAAUAUCGUUUUAUAUAGUCUGUCACCUUUAUCGGACGAGUUGAUCUACUUCUUUGCACAUUUUCCUUCUUGUGCGUCCCUCUAAAUUGACGACCAGGGAAUUGUGGCGUUAUUGUGGGCUGAUCACAAAAAUUCUGAUGCUUAAAAUAUGAGAAGAGAAAGGUUGCAUGGGGUAUCCUGUAGGAGGAGUUCUUUGUGACCAAACAAUCCACGGAUUUUGCCUUAUAAAAAAGGAGACUCAGAUCCGACCGUUCAAUGACCAGCUUUAUUCUCUGACGAACAGCAGGUCCUCUGUCACACAUAGACAGAAAUCUGCGUCCAUCUUUUUAUCAGCUUGCCAGCCGUCAUCCUUAACUCCAAACAGCCAACACGCUCACUGACGACCCAUCAGACAACAGGCUGAUCUCUUUCCACUUCUCCUUAAACUUCAUGGGUUGACCCACAAGAACGUCAACGCGCCUCCUCUUCACCCCCCAAUCCUACCGCCCCGUUCUGUUUACUCGCUCUGCUUGAGCCACCGCCAGUGUGAUGGCUGGUUGUGCCCCGGGCUUGUUUGGACGUGCAGUCGCAGCAUCACACUCCACUUCUCAGACUCGUGGAUAUAUCAGCGAGUAAAGUGAAAGACGCAAAGAGACUCGGGGGGAGGGACAGAAAGAGAGACGACAAGGACCAGCAGCGCAGAGAGAGAGAGAGAGAGAGAGAGAGAGAAGGGGGGGAUCAUCUGUACCUGCAGAGGGACCCACCUGUCCCACAGAGGAAGGGGGACCCCCCCUUCCCGAUCCAUCUGUUUGAAGGGGGGGACAUUGCACAGCCUGGAAGGCAACAGGGACUAUGCAGCUGGGACUGGUGGCGCUGGCAAUGAUCUUUCUCAGCUCCAUGGGUCACGGCGAUGUUCUCAAGCUCUCCAGAGCAAGAAGGCAGAGGAGGGUUAGUACUGAAGGGCCACCAUCUUGCCCAAAAGGCUGUGACCGAUGCUCUGAGUAUAAUGGGUGCAUUAAAUGUAAGCCCAAGCUCUUCAUCUUCCUGGAGCGCAAUGACAUCCGCCAGAUAGGGGUGUGCCUUGCUUCCUGUCCUGUGGGAUACUUUGGUAUGAGGAACCCAGAAGGCAAUAACCGAUGCACCCAAUGUAAAAUAGAAAACUGUGAAGCGUGUUUCAAUCGCAAUUUUUGCACAAAAUGUAAGGAGGGCUUGUAUUCACACAGUGGCCGAUGUUACGUCAGCUGCCCCGCAGGACAGCACACUGCCAAUGAGACUAUGGAGUGUGUGGGUCAGCCUGCUUCAGAGUGUGAACUAGAAGAGUGGAGCCAAUGGAGUCCCUGUAUGAAGAAGAAUAAAACAUGUGGAUUUAAGAAAGGCUCACAGUCUCGGGUCCGUGCACCCCUUCCGCAGACUCACAGUCCGGACACCCCCCCCGCCUUUGCAUCAGCGCAGACCUGCGCUCCAGAGACGCAGAGACGGAAGUGUGUUGUGACCAAGAUGCCUUGUUUGAGAGAAAGAAAGAAUAAGGGGGACAGACAGGAUGAUACAAACAGGGGGGAGAAGGAGAAUGCACGUGGGAGAACACGAGAAAGCAAAGAUGAUAGAGGAAGAGGAGGAGGAGGAGGAGGAGGAGGAGGGAAGCGGAGAAAAGGCCAGAGCAGGACCACAGAUGCUCCCAUCACCACAACCAGUUCUGUCACCCAAAGUCAAAGGCCUGCUGGGUGAGGCUAAGAGAAAAACUGAGACAGUGCCUUGCCUAGAACACCAACCACAGACAGAGAAGUGAUGAAAGAAUGGAUUACUGCUGCUACACUGCAUUGUAGAAGAUGCAAGGAGAACUGGAGGUCUGCUGCAACAAAAGAUGUUUCCUGAAACUUUUAGAAUGAGCGAACAUAUCUGGACACUAAAUUUGAACGACUUGCUGAUUUGUUAUUGAAAUGACUGCUGGAUAGCAAAGUCACAUGAAGACUGUGGUUUGUGUCAUGAACUGAACGGCCCCUGAACUGAACUCUUGGACAGAUUCUGCAUUUCUAAUGCAGCAUGAGUAACUGGUUGAUACAGAAUCUAUGGUCUCUGAAGGUAAAUAAGUUGAUGAUGUAUUAUGUUCCACUCUGAUUAUAACCACAAUCUGUAUUUAAUUAGUUUUUAUUUUUAUUAAAGGUGGCAGAUGGAACUCCUCAACAGUUAUGGUGCAUGUCGUAAUAACAAUUAACAGUAUUAAUUCCUGGUAGGUUUAUUUUCCAUUGUGAGAUUAAAAAAUGCAAAGGUACUGGAAGUUAACUGUGCUAGUUAGUGGAUGAAAUAUUUUUAAGAAUACUGAGACAGAAGGUUGAGAUCCAUUACAAAAUAGGCCUAAAAGAUUAUAUGUGGGUGGAUUUCUGGGAGCACAAUUCAUAUCCUUCUGAUUCAUUCACAAACACUAGCCAUUUGAUCACUAUGAGCUUGUUUUUAAAUUGAAUAAAUUGUUUGUAUAUGAACAAAAAUGUCUGCACACAAAUGAUUAUUUGCAUGACACAAGGUUGCAUGUGUGUGUAGGCGCAUGCAUAUGUGGGUUUGUCUGUAACUGAAGUUUGGGUGUACUCUAUAUGCAAUUCUGCACGGACUGGAGUUGUUUGUACAUGUGUGUUGACGUUUGCACAUACAGUAUGUGUUAAUACUGGCCUUAUAAACUUAGCGAAUACAGUCUGGAAAACAAGAAGAAGGACAUGUAAAUGCACAGUUGUGUAUUGAAUAUGCAGUAAAUACAGUUACACUGAUUAUAACAUAAGCCAUUAAAUCAUCAGCUUUUGAGUAAUCAGUAUGUUUGUAACAAGAUCUUUAGAUUUUGCACAAUUAUAAUGUUUCCUACAGCACAUAUUUCAGAGCAAUCAUAGCAUUUUGCUAAUGUAUUUUCCAAAUGCAGGCUUCAUGACUUUGUAUAUACAGUCAGCAUGUGCUCUUUUUCUUCCAUGGAAAUUUUACGUGGGUCUGUUUUAAAUAAGAUAUCAGUUUCUUGAGAGGUCGCGCGAGUCAUUAUGCUUUCAUACAAUAGAUUGUGAUACUGAAUAUGUCAGAUUGUUAAUCAGUAUUAGUAUCAAUGUGUAUAGAUUUUUCUGUGAAGACAUAAAUAAAGCUCAGAUGAAGCUGAUGGUGUUUCAGUCAUACACGGAAUGAUUGCUACAUGAAUACAUGUCUAAUGAUUACACAUAUUGUUGCUUGUUGCAUUUAACUCUGUUGGAAUUUAAUUUUUUAAACCAAUUUUAACUUAUUCUGUUAUUUUUUUUAUAAAUC